CUAUUCUGUGGUCCUGAUUCUGAUCCAAUUCAACGAUUUAUAGGUUAUAUUAUUGUGAUAUUAUUUUGAGAUCAAUGUAAACAAGAAAAAUAAUGUAAACCAGACCUCUACUUUAACGAAAUAGUGUUUCGAUUAUUAGUAGUUCUAUUCCCCAUUUCUAUUUUUUGUUUGUUCUUUUUUGCGAAUUUGUCUAAAAUGGCAAGAUCAAUGACAAGCUUAAGUACCGGAGAAAAACUUUUAUCCAUAAUCGAUGACAUAGAGCUUAUUACAAAGGAAAUCAUAGAAAAUACUAUUGCAAUGAAACAUCAAAAGUUGAAUGGUCAGGAACAGCUACAUCUAACCGAAUUGCUAGUCGCCAAAGAUGAUGAGUUAAAAGACACCCUCAAACUUGCCAGUGAACAAGCAAAAAUCAAUCAAAAAAUGGAUGCAUUGAAAGCGGAAGUCGAACGACAAGAUCAAGACAUUCAACAACUACAACGUCAGUUGAAGGAAGCUGAACAAAUAUUGGCUACAGCAAUUUUCCAAGCCAAACAAAAACUGCAGUCGAUCAGUCGUGCCAACAAAAAACCUGUUUCGUCUGAAGAUCUGAUCAAAUUUGCCCACAGAAUAAGUGCUUCAAACGCGGUGUGUGCACCUCUCACGUGGCAGCCUGGAGAUCCGAGGAGACCGUAUCCCACAGAUAUUGAAAUGCGUAUGGGAUUUCUUGGAAGAUUUGGCGAUUUGCCCCUGAACGGUCACAUGGUGGCUCAGCAGGGCAGCCUAUCUGACAUCCAUCGUACGGGACAUCCACCAGAACCUCCAGCUUCUCAACAGAACCAGUUCGCUUGGCAUCUGUCGGGUGAGAUGCACAUGACCGUGCCAGGCCAGGGCUCCAUAGCCAUGGACACCCGCAAUCACAAAGACGCCGAAGACGUGGAGGUCAUGUCCACCGACUCCAGCAGCAGUUCUUCCAGUGAUUCUCAGUAGUAAAUAAGAAAUAACGUUAUUUCAAGGAUAUAGGCUGAACAACAUAUGAAUAACAAUUGAGUUUUUGUUUUCGGAACAGAAAAGAUACAUUAAACUCUAUAGUCUAGGCAAUGAAUACUCUAAAAAAGUUAUAGAAAGUUUGGAAGACAAUUUUUGACCCCGCAGUUCUGUUAAGGGUAGUAAGGAGGUUAACAUAAAUACCAGAAUUGCAGACUUGAAAGGCUUGAAAGUCAACCGUCUUAAAAAUAGAAAAGUGGCUUGGAAUUGAGGCUUAAAAGUCCUCACCCCUACCCUGUGUGAAGAAGGGCAAUUUAAACUUUCUUGAAGGUACAAUUUUCUGGU